AUGUCCUCCACCAUUGUCCGAUAUGGCGCUCUGCCAAAGGAGCUACCUUCGGACGACCCAGACGACGUCGUUUUCAAUUCCUUGUACGGGGUGCGCACCAUCGAGUUGAACCGACCGAAGAAACUCAACUCCCUGAACGGUUCCAUGGCACGGAAAAUCCUGCCUCGUCUAAGAGAAUGGGAAAAGUCGGACAUGGCCAAUGUCAUCUUGAUCAGCGGAGCAGGCCCGAAAGCCUUCUGCGCCGGAGGCGACGUGGCUGAGCUUGCGCUCCAGAAUAAAAAGGGAGAGGCGGGCCAGAAAGAGUCGGCGGAUUACUUCGCCCUCGAAUACAAGCUGGAUCUUCUGAUCGCGACGUACAGCAAGCCAUAUGUGGCCAUCAUGGACGGAAUCACAAUGGGUGGUGGUGUAGGCCUGUCGGUUCAUGCUCCAUUCCGCAUUGCGACGGAGAAGACAGUUUUCGCCAUGCCAGAGACAACGAUUGGGUUCUUCCCCGAUGUUGGUGGCAGUUUCUUCUUGUCUCGACUUGACGGCGAAAUCGGUACAUACCUGGCCCUGACCUCGGAACGACUACACGGGGUACAAGCAUUCUACGCAGGCAUUGCCACACACUAUCUCGACAGCUCAGUACUCGGCCCCUUGACAACACGACUAUCAGAGCUCGUGUUUAAAGACAGCGCGACCCUCAUCGAUCGACAAGAACUGAUCAACGCAACCAUCACCGAGUUCACGAGUAGCUUGCCAGCUCCGGAUUCAUACCCCAAGGCGCAAUACGGCAAUCUUACAGGCACUUUGCGCGAGGCGAUCGACCGGUCCUUCAGAUUUGACUCCGUCGAAGAGAUCCUGGAGGCUCUCCAGCGCGAGGCUCAGUCGUCAGACACCAAGGUUGCGGAAUGGGCCAAGGCCACAGGCAAGACUAUCGCGCUUCGAUCGCCAACCAGUCUGCGCGUGACCCUGCGACAACUCAGAGAGGGCAGAAACUGGAACAUCCGGGAGACGUUCAUCCGCGAACACAAAAUCGCCGCCGAAUUCAUGCGCCAUCCCGAUUUCACCGAGGGCGUCUCAGCACGCCUCAUCGCCAAGCCACCAGCCAACCCAGUAUGGAAGCCAAAUACUCUGGGAGAAGUCUCGUCGAGCGAUGUGCAACGCUUCUUCGACCAGCCGUCAGCAGCGGAAACCAUUGAAUUGAUUGAUCCACACCCAGGCUCGCCCAGCCAAACAUACACGGACUAUCCUCACGCGGUGUUUGCGUUGCCACGCGAAUCGGACAUACAGACAGUGGUCAAAAGCUAUGGCUCUGCUGGAUCACAGGCGGUGGUAAAAGAGAUGGUUAGGAGAUGGAAGAACAAAGCCGGUGUCGAAGAGAAGGUCCAGGAUGUCAUUUCGCGGAAGACGACAGAGACUGACCACGGAAUUGUUUGGCAAGGCCGAGGCCCGAAUUUAUAA